UUGGCCGGGGAGACCGCUGCGGACAGAAAUUUCUGUCAGCGCAAACAGUUAAUAAUUAAGAUGGAGACAUCUUCAUCAGAAACUCCUGGAGUUUCUGUUCCAAAUGCUGGCUCGGCAGACCCGGCUUCUUCUGUCCCGCAAAGACGGGGUAAAAGAACAGCUCGGGAUGCUGCCUUAGGACCGACACGAGAAGAAGACACUUCUCAGGGUUCACAGGAGCAAUCCUGUGCCAAAAGACAACGGCUUGAUCUUUCCACCAAGGGCUCCUGCAAAGCCCAUGACUCGGCCUGCUGCUUUCUAACAAAGCUCCGUAACAUUGUGGACAGCGACUGCUUCCAGUCCAUCUGGUGGGGCGACGAUGAGAACACCAUUGUGAUUGAGGAAACCCUCUUCAAAACAGAAGUGCUGGGAAGGACAGGACCUCUACACAACCUCAGCAUCGGCUGCAUGAAAGCCUUCGUUCGCCAGCUCCACCUGCACGGCUUCUUCAUUGUGGACAGCGAUUUGCCCACAGCUGCCUCUCGGGCAAAAUGCCCAGCAGGCGCAGCCGCGUCUGUUUGCAGUGAGUUGCUCUGCUACUACAACCCCAGUUUCAAGAAAGAGUACCCAUGUCUGCAGAAAUGGUUCAAGCGGAGCGCUGGCGUACGAAGGAGAGCAUCAGCUGCAUUCCCACCAGAGCUGGAUUUCGAGGAGGGCCCCGUGAGCAGCCCUCCAAACAGACGGCAAGGCCCUGCAGCAUCAGCGGGCAGUGAGCCCGCCGCUAGCAACAGCGGAGCUGGAGGCGACCGAGGUGGGCGGUACUUCAGGGAGGUUUCAUUUCUCUCACCUGGGCCCAGCAAUGAUGGGAGCACACGGCAGGAGCGGGGAGGUACGGGCUGUGAGCUGGAGCUGCCUCAGGAUGUGGGAGAGAUUCCAUACAGAGCUGGACUACGAAAUGCAUGUCUACGUUACGAUAAACCAGUGGCUCAGAAUUUGGUUCACACUUCAUUUUGGAACAACAGUGGAAGAAAUGUUACUUGCACGCUGGAAAGAGAAGAGACCUUGUUUCCAGGCAGGGGAAAGGAAGCCCAGGCAGAUGAGCAGCUGCAGGCCUGGUAG